GCUUUGUUACAAAAAUGAUUGAUGUGGAAAAAAAAUAGCUUUAGUAUUCAGUGAUUUUAAUCUGUGUUCGGAAAUGAAAAGACUUUCCUCAAUUACGGUAUGUUAGGACUGUUGGAGGAAGCACUCUUCAGGUUGAGAGGUGUGAUUUGGGUCAGCGUUCGUGGGACGUGCCCUUUGAUGGGACGUCAGAACCCCUCGAUUAUUCUCGCAUGAGAGCUUUGUUAGUUCAAGAAAUCAAUAUUGCAUUGCAGAGCUGAAAUAUUUUUGCUUUAGCAUUAUUGAUGCUGGCUCAGAAGUGGUUGGUGUUUAAUGGGAAAUUUCUGUUCAUUUUAGAUACAUGUCUGGCGUAUUUUCUAAGAAGUUGAACCGGCUUUCACAAUGAAGUGGUGGAUGUUUGUGGUGAUCUGUGGCGUGCUGUGUUGUCUGUCUGAGGCCAGACCUCACGAAAAGAAACAUGGUACCCUGUACAAUGACCCAGGUUAUAUUGGAUACUGGAGACCUCCUGUCAACAAAAUCUACGUCCCCGAAAAAGAAACAAAAUCUUCAGAAACAAGGGGGGACAAAUCUGUUGGUUUGACGUUACAUGAACCUGUGCACCCAGAAAAAGGAGAGAACACUGCAGGUCAAAAAUCGACGGAAAAGAGUGGAGCAAAAUCUACAACAUUGAAUCCUAACCACCAAACACAAAAUCAGGAGGUAGAUCGUGUUCAAACUGACCAUGGUGAAGUGCCUCACACAGAAAGUGAAAACAGUUCCCUUCAGAAGGCACACAGAGGUAGAAUCACCAGUGUAAAGCUGACCAUUAGAGAUGAUGGGAGUCCCUCUAAGUGGAGUGAUCAGAUGAAAGAGUUUAUCAGGGAAGUUUAUGGUGAUAAGCUACCAUACACGGAGACCGAUGUUGUAUUAGACAGUGACAUCGGGAAAGUCAAAGUAACGACAGACAACACUGUCAAAGAAAGCCAGGCAGCACAGACCGAGGCUAAACCAUCAACAACUACUGCUGAAAGCCUCCAAAACCAACAGAAAACAACACAGAGAUCUGGUACAUUGCUGAGAAGCAGUGAAGGAACUGUGAAAAAAGUGAGCAAUGAUUCAAUGAGAAAAGUUAUUGAGAGGAUUCAAAAUGAUCAGAGCAGUGAAGAAGAGCAAGGGACAGCGACUAAUGAACAAACAGAAAAAGAAGAGGCAAAAAUAUCACUCAGAGAGAAAGAAAAAGUCUCUGAUGUUGUGUUGGGUCAGAAACAGAAAGUCAGAGGGUCAAAGGUCUCUUCCACCACAGCAGCGCCCUCUACCCGACCCAAUCCUCCUACCACCAGACCUACUCGUGUGACUCCUGUGUCAGAGAGAAAAACCAAGCAAAGGAAAACCAAGCACAUCUUGUCUAGACCGCAUGUGUCCUGUUCAUCAGACCGUGACUGCCCCUCCGGUAGAGUCUGCCACAAAAGAUCCUGCGUGUGUGGUGAUAGUACCCUCUGCUCUAAGCAUGCUCACGCUGUGUGUGGAUCGGAUGGGGUGGUGUAUCCCAGUCACUGCGAGCUCCACAGGCAGGCCUGUCUGGAACAGAAACACAUUAAGAUCGACUCCGGGGAAGCCUGCGCCAGCCAUCAGAAGGCUCCACAAAUAGCUCAGCAGUCUGCCAGAAAUAACUCAAUAGUCAGAGGUAUCAGAUGUGAAUAUCAAGUUCAUGAGAAACUAGAAGGGGUACUUUGGGGGAAACAGAUAGUAACAAGCCAGGCCGGUUCCUGGGAGCUCUGCCUCGAUCGCUGCGAACAGCAGGCCACGUGCCUCGGAUUUGAGUACGCCGCAGAUAGUGGUCUUUGUGCGGUGUUCCAGAGGGGACAGGAUGUGACCUAUUGGCCUAACCCUAAAAUGACCUUCUAUGAGGUCCUUCGCUGUAAACACUUUCCGGCUGACAGGAAGUGCAGUUACGAGCAGAUGAAGUUGAAUUCUGAGAACAUGUACAUGAUGUGCGACGUCUCUGUCAGUUUCACCAAGGACAUCAUUGGUUGCCAGUCUGCCUGUAGGGAGUGUAAGGCCUUCACUUACAUUCAGAAUGGAGGAGUGUGCCAGGUGUACUACGACGAAUCCUGUGUCAACAUGCUGAACACUAUGGGCAAAAAUCACUACAUCAAACACUGCCAUAAUACAGAGACCAACUCUAGCUGCCAUGUUUUGGAGGUGACCCCUGGGAGGUCACCGUACAUGUGCAGUAAGGCCACCAGUACGCUGUCCACGCUCCUGGACUGCCAUGACACCUGUCUCCGUGGACACUGUGAGGCAUUUAAGUUCCUCAACAAUGGCUUCUGUGAAAUCUACUUUGACAAAUCCUGUAUAGAGAUGUUAGAAAAGGGACGAGAGAAUUACUAUGUCAGGAGAUGUGCUAACCCAGAAGACUGUUCCUACCACGAGGUCCAGCUUCCAGCCUCGGCUCCCUGUGAGAUCAGAUCUAACAAGAUCAGUUCGUUUGAGGACUGUCGUGACAGCUGUGAGGACUGCAUAGCCAUUAAGUACGACUACAACACUGGGGACUGUCACCUCUAUAACCAGGAAUCCUGUAUAACUCAGAAGUCUGUUAAUUACAUCAAGAGGGAUUGUGGGGAGACAAAGGGUGUAUCUACUGAAAGAGAGCCAACACUACACCGAGUCAAAAGACCAGAUGGCAAGGCACAACUCAAGGCACACCUGACAGUAAAGGAUGAAGAUAAAACUGGUGUAAUUCUACCAUCAGAAAAACCAGACCAGAACCAGAAAGAGCCAGAAAUAAAACUUAGCCUGGAGAAGGUCACCUCUAAACAACCAACAGAGAAGGGACAGUAUGACAACGCCCUGGAUCCCAAGACCCUGAAGGACAGAGUGGAGGAGGCCAUGUUUUCUGAUUUGUGUACGACCCAGGAGUACGUCAAGAUGAAGGCAGACAUCCUCAGGUACCACUGUGUCCGCUUCCAGGAGAAGGACUGCUCCCCGACAGCUCUCUAUGGCAAGAGGGAUUACUUGGCCUCCUUGAUGUUUAGUUACUAUGACAAGAACAUGGACAACAAAAUCAUACGAGAUGAAUUAUGGGACAUCUGGGUCACAGAACCGUUUCAACGCAUGUUUGCCUCGUGCUCCCUCAUGGACAUGUUCAGAUUUGAAAACAUUCAGGACGAUGAAAUCCAAGAAGAUGAAUUCCUCAAGGCAUUUGAUUUAGAGAUAGCUGCUUUUGAGGAGGAGUUUCAGGAGGUGCCAACAUUAGCGACGGUUGGUAAUGGACUGGAGCUGCGGUGUGGAAUUUCCCCAUCCUCUGAGAAUUCCCACAUUAUCUGGAACCGACACAACACAGACCUAGAGACAGUAGCCUUUCCAGGAAUCGCUGUUUUCUCUGAUGGGACGUUAUACUUUGAGAACGUAGGCAUCCAUCACAUUGGAAACUGGACUUGUUACGACCAGUACAGACCAGGAUUCAAACAAGUCCAUGAGUUAAAAGUUAACGUCCCGCCCAUCGUUAAGGUGUCCCCCUCCUCUAUGAUGUUACCGGUGAGUGGAGUGGACAUUCACCUUCACUGUCAGGGAGUAGGAAUUCCACCCCCCACCAUCCAGUGGCAGUUCAACGACAAGGUCAUCCCAGCCUCUCCAGAUCACUACGCCAGAAUUCAUGAGAAUGGGACUCUGAUCAUUAAGGACUCUAAUUACCAGAGAGACUCGGGAGCGUAUAAAUGUGUGGCCACAAACCCAGCUGGCAGCAGUCAGGAUAUAGCCAUGUUAUACAUUCAGAAACCGAACCAGACCGAAAAAUUGUACGGUAAGCAGACCACCAGACAGGAGACCUUCUUUGUGUUUCACCAGACUGGCUACAGCGCCUAUAACCCCAGCGGCUGUUACACCAAGCGACAGGUCCACAGCAGCUUCGGACACCUGAAGUACAUACCUGAGGAGCUGGACGGGCCCAUCUACCUGUGUGACCAGAGGAAGGAUUGUGUCUGGGGACAGGUGGUCAACGUCAGGAACAAGUUUCUAUAUAUAGCUCAGCCGAGCGAGCACAGAGUGGUGGUCAUAGACUCGGCCGAAACAAUGAACCCAGUAGAGUUUAUCAACACCGACCAGUUUCCAACAAAACUAUACUACGUAGAACAUUUGGACGAGGUCUGGGUUUUAUGCUGGAACUCUGAGACAGACACAGGAAGUAAAACCGUUGUCGUAAUUAGAGAUGCCAGUUCAGACUUGCGACAUCGUAUGGUCCACACUCAGCCUGUUGGAUACAAAUUUCAUCUGGUACAAGACAUGUUCUUACCACCCGCCAAUGACCUCCAUCACAACCAGCAGUAUGGAUAUGUCAUUCACCGGGACCAGCACAGCAUGUUUAAGUUGGAGCUGGAGUCUAUGAGGUACACUAAGGCUGUAGAUCUGGACGUCUUUAACUGUGUACCACAGGAGGUCGCCUUCAUACCCCUUGGGGGACAUAUUGUUGUGGAAUGCCUACAAUCCACCCCCAGUGGUUCUAAGACCCUGCAGAUCUUAAUAGACUACAUAACUGACACACCUGUCUCUAAUGUUACUCUGUCUGGUACCCCAUAUGUAUCUCCAGAUUCCAAGAAUAUUGUGACUGUAGACAAACAAACAGGGAAGGUCAACAUUGCCAAGGUCACGGGGAAGGGAGAAAUCUCCAAGAUGACAGAAGUUAUAGUUGAUUCUAAGGUCAGUGAUGUGACCUUUUUCCCAUCAAACCAAGGUCAUGGUUACAAAGUUGUCAUGACAUCACAAGAACUGCCCGAGAUCUACUCCAUACAACUAGACAAUGGAAAGAUGACCACACUGAAAGACAUCGGAGAACCCCAGAUGUCUUUGAACUCUUUCACUCAAGUUUCCCGUGCAGUGAUUGGAGGAGAUUAUUUCAGCAGGUACUUUGCCACACCAUCAAAAGACACUCUGCUGAUUCUGAAUGGACAAAGUCUCUACAAAGACUGUCAGUUGUCUGGCCUUAAAAACCCCAACAAAGUGGCGUACAAUGUGGCAUCGUUAGUGUGAGGGACCAUCUCAAAAAGUGUCCUACAGUGUGGCAUCUUUAGUGUGAGGGACCAUCUCAAAAACUUGAUUAUAUAAGGGGUUGUCUUAAUAAUUUGAAGUAUCACAGGUCAUUUGUAAAUGUAAACACCCAUCACAAUGUCCCUUUCGUUCUCAGAUACUUGAGUGUUAAUAAUAAAUAGGUAUUGGUUUGUUGUGAAGUGUAUGAUUUUCAAACCUGCACUAACAUGUAUCAUAAAUAUAAUGUACUUCAGUUUCAUAUUCAAUACACUGUACUGUUGUGAAAUUUUUAACAAUUUAUGUUGAUCUUGAAUGAAUUAAAUUCAUGUGAUUUUGGAAGUUGAAAAUGUCCACAAAGUUGAACUGCUGUGUGAAUAAUUAUUAUAUAUAUUAUUAAUGAUUAAUGGAUAAACUGAGUCCCAUUUGUCAUGUUAAUGAGCAUCACAUUUUGAUUUUGUAUGUGUAUAUUUAUGUUACUUAAGUGGUUAAAUGAGUAAGAGUGCGAGAUUCAUGUAGCUUAUGUCUACUUAAUGUUAAAGUAUCUCUCAAAAGAGAUUCGUAAACACAGUAUGAACAGUCUGAAUUGUGAAUGAGAGGAAUUGGAUUCCAACAUUUUAGUCCCCUGUAUAGAUUAAUACUCCUGAUGUCAAUGACGUGAACCCGAUGCAGUGGCAGUAACUUCGGUAAUGUAGUGAUUUACUUUUGGGUCAUCUUUUUACAAUGACAGUAACUUAGAUAAAGCAUUGAAAAACAAAGACAGAUAGAGUUCUGAGACUGCUGAAGUCAUUGACAAUAAUUUGAGGAAUGUUUUGAGUCGGCUUAUGACAAUAACAAUAAAUUAGUGCAAUCAGCUUAAGUUAGUGACUAUAACUUGUAGGGAUGACAAAGGCAGAUUUGCUUCUUAGUCGGCUUUAGUCAGUUAAUGUUCACAGAACACAUAAUAGUGUGUCUAUAGUAGGCAAAAGUAGACAAGGUGACUGGUACAAAAUGUUUCUGGUGUCCUAUGUAAAGGUUGUAUAAAUUAAGUAUUAAAACUCAUAAUGUUAUCUCUUUGAAAGGAAGAUUUUUUUGACCAUGAAUUUUAUAUACCUUUAGGAUAAAUUUUAAAAAUUAUAAAUGCCAAAGAUGUGUAAUCUUUCUGUAUUGAAAUCUUGAAAAUAAGGAAGAUAGGAAAUUUGCAGUCUGAAAUAUAUAGCAUGUAUUGAUUGAAGUAUGUUUGGUUUAUAUGGACUUAUAAGGACUUAAUUCAUUCAGUUUCUUUCCUAGAUCCCAGGCUUUGUACACAUCAAAGAAAAUGUGAAUAUUGUGCUUUAGAAGUUCAGUGUUUGGUAAGAUACAGGCACAGCCUACAGGAAACAUUUUGAGUUCUUAUUUUAUAGCGAGCCUAGUGCUUCAAAUAUUUUCAUAUAUCUUUGAUUUAAUUUGCAGUUUAUUAAUUGUAUCUUAUAUACAUGUACUUAAAUUGUUUUUGAUUUAUUAAUUUACAAUCAAUUUACCAUGUCAGAAUUAAUUUUACGCAAUAUGCUUAUUUUUUACUUUUCCCCUUUUUUUUUUAAGUAUUUAGAAGAUUAUUUGUCACUAAUAGAUUGUGAUUUUACAUUUUAUUAACCUUUUAUAGAUAUUUUGUAUUAUUUUUUAAAAUGUUUUAAAAUCAAGAAGAAGAUCUUUAUUUUUUUUUUUUCUUUGAUUAAACAAUAUUUGUUUUACAAAAUAUACAUGAGCAUGUAUAUAGAGUAGAUGUUUUGUAUAUGUUUUUAAAAAGUGAAAAAAUCUCUAUUUAGGAAUAAAAUCUCUUGUCCUAGAAAGUUAAAAUUAAAAUCAUGUCCAAAACUACAAAUUAAUAGCUGAGAAAUGUUUGCUUAUCAUGCAGAUAAAUAUAUAUGGUUUGACUUAUAUGGUGUAACAAUUACAAAGAGUUUGACCUAUAUGUGUAAGUUCCUCACUUUGUCAUGUUGACAAUGAUCUACUUAACCAUGUUCUUUGUUUUUGAUUAUAUUCAGAUGUUUAAAAUUUGUUGUGUUCAGCAAUUCCAUUCCUGCUUUAUAAGUGCUGAGUGAUUUCUUUGUUAAUCAUAUACAUUCCUUACAAAUGUUUGUUUUUGCUAAAUGCCUUUUACUGGAGAAUAAAUUUUGUGAUUCUGAAAAAUA